AUGAUUGACUGCAUUAGAACAAUAACACUCUAUAUUGCUGGCAUUGGAGGAUCUGGUAAAAGCCAUGUCAUUAAUGCAAUUGUUGAAUUUUUUAACAGGUGUAAUUGCAGCAAUGAAUUGUUAUUGAGUGCCCCAACAGGCUGCGCUGCUGUCCUCAUUGAUGGUUACACCAUACACUCAUUGACAUUUCUACCAAAAUCUCAGCACAAGCUUAAUCAAAGGAUGUUAAUUACCUUGUCAUUGACAAAAUCUCUAUGGUAUCUGUGUCUCUCCUCAGCGUCAUCUUUCACAGGCUCUGUUCUGCAAAGGCCUAUAAUCCUGCUUGUGUUGCAAAACCAUUCAGAGGCAUCAAUGUAA